AUGGGUACGGGAGGAAGCAGUGCUGCUGCAGUGCCACCUCUUCCGAGUGACCUGCUAUGUGGCCACAGCCACUCCACACCUUGCCCAGAUGCCUUAUCAGCUCCUGACACGCUCUGCCACCUUGACCCUGCCAAGUGCGCAGAAACAAAGAUCCCGAUCCUGGACCCCGAUGAGGAACAACUGCCAGGGAUCAAAGACCAAGUCAAAGAAUACACCAGCACAGUUGCAAAGACUGAGAGGCUGUUGCUUCAAGCAAGGAUACAGGACUGUCGUGACAGUAUUAGGAAGCUUGAAAACGAGGCAUUUUUUGCACGUCGCCGCCUGGAGGACCACUGUCCAGAUCAUUUUGCAAGUAUCCAGCUGCACGCCAACUUUGAAGCCAACAUGCGUGCCCGUCAUGCGGGGUUGGUGCACAGUGUCAAGCUUGACAGACUUUCGGAAUCUACCAGACCAUACCGGCCGUACAACCGACGAACUACGGUAUACAACCUUUCUUCGCACAGCGUCGACCCAGCCGAGGCCUCGGUCCUAGAGCUAGGUCUGAAUUUCAAUGUUGCACCUGCACCUGACGUGCGAAAGGUUGACCAAGUUGACCCGUCCCGCCGUGACGAGGCUCGCACCCGAGCCAUUGGUGUCCUUUCUGGUCUGCACCGGAGGAAGUUUGUUUCCCCUCUUUCCGUUGAGGAACGAAAAGCUGUCAAGCGUCUUCAGGCAAACACUGCAAUCGUGAUCCUUCCCGCCGACAAGGGGAAUGCAACAGUGCUAAUUGACACGGCUGUCUACAAAAACAAGAUGUUGGCUCUGCUCAAUGACCAGGACACUUACGUCCGGCUCACUCGGGACCCGACCUUGAAGGUUCAGAGGGACUUCCAGACUCUCCUGGCUGACGUGUUCCGCUUCGUAGCUCCCGAACGCAAGUCUUUGUAUUUCAAGCUUCUCUGUCAUAACGGUGCUGCACCUGCACUUUAUGGCCUGCCUAAGGUUCAUAAGCCUAACGUCCCCCUACGUCCAGUCGUCGACUACACUCGCUCCCCUCUCUACAAAUUGUCCGCAUACCUGCACCAGCUUCUGGCUCCACUCGUCGGGAAGAGCUCAACGCACGUGAGCAACUCCUGUGACUUUAUUGAAAAAGUUCGUGACGUGUCUCUAGACAAUGACGAGGUGAUGGUUUCGUUCGACGUGGUAUCACUGUUUACCUCAAUUCCGACUGACUUGGCUGUGGAUGCAUGCACCUCUGCUCUGGAAUCUGACAGGACCUUGCCAGACAGGUCGCCCAUUGACGUUCCCGACCUCAAGAGGCUCCUCUGUUUUUGCCUUGGAAACACGUACUUCUGUUUCGACAAGGUCUUCUACAGCCACAAGCCCCAGCAGGACCUCACCUGGGCCAACUGUGCAAGAAGAUCGCCGCCUGCACCCGCCCAGAAAACUCCGGACCACAACGCAGGGGAUCUCCGGGCCCUGCUGGAGGAGCCUCCCCCGCGGGGCCUCGAGCACCUGAAGACCUGGGAGGACUGGGAGACCCUGCUGCGCUCUGGAGACCCGGUCGUGCAGACCAUGGCUACUGAUCGGGCCGCCAGCGUUAUGGAGAGAAGCAACAUAAACGCUUGA